UACAUUCUCUAAACCAGAAUUUUUUUUCCUCGUGGGAGGGGGGGUUCCUCUUUUUACAAUACCUCUAUUCAAGUCACUCCUUCAUGGAGAGUGGGCAGACGAUGAUCUCAAAAAUGGCUCUAACGAUUUUCGUAAAAAUCUUAACAGUUGAUGUAUAUUUCGGACAAAAAAAAAUGACUAGCUCGUUGGCCAUAUGGGAACAACUCUAGUUUGACUGUUAUCAUUUUUCAAAGUAAAAAUAAAUUUAAAUUUGGCUUGAGGCUAAAUCUAGGACUAUCGCGUUCUUGAAAGGACUAUCACUUGCGGGAAUUUCCUAAUGUAAGGUAUUGUAAUAACUUAAGGGAGGCAACUCAAAGAGACUUAGACGUUUAUUUACACGGAGACAUGACAAACACAAAGGGUCAUCUGCCUUGAGCACAGCAUCUCCAUCUCAUCUCUCGAUUGGGCAGAUAUCGUUCUUCUUUCUAAUGUAAACAUCCUUCCUAGUCUGGUUUCUAGAAGUGCGCACCUUCUGCACUAUCUUGAACGGCGGCGGUGCGCAUAGCAGAGUUAUAACAGUUUAAUUGAUUCAAGAGUUUAAUCAAAUGAAUGUUCAGGAAAUAUUUGUUCUAAGUCUAGAUCUAAAUGCUUAUCAUUGGAAUAUUAGAAGGUGUACUAUAUAUAUACAUUCACUUAACAAGGAUUUUCUCUCGGGGAGAAGGGGGAAAGAUAACCUAGUCUAGUCAUGAUCAGUUCAAGCACUAAGUCUUUGCUCAUUAUCGGCAUGUUGCUUAUAGUGGCGGUAGUUCUGCUGAGCAUACAGUUUCAUCCCACUGUCAUAACUUUGGUCACAGGAACUCAGGACAAGACGUCAUCAUCAGAUGUUGUGUUCAAAGUGGCAGACACAUAUGCAGGUUUCUCAGAGGAUAUAGGCAAAGGUCCGUUAAGUCUCAUGAGGCAAAAGGGAAAGCUUGAUAAUCUAGCCAACAUAAACCUGGAUCAGUUGAGUGAGCAGGAGCUACUGAUGACUAUGCAUAGCAACGUAGACAACACGAAUGUCAUGUGUAGAAGGAAAAUACGUUUGGGUCAAAUCGAUGAUGGCGGAUGGGAAGUCUGUGACGACCCUGACGUACGACCCCGUGAGCCUUGCACCAUCUACUCCUUUGGUAUCAACAAUGACUUCUCCUUCGACGACGACGCGGCCAAUGUGUACGGAUGUCAUGUGUACUCGUUUGACCCCAGCAUGAGCAAAGAGAAGGAUCAGUACGACAGAUCCCCAAACGUUCAUUUUUAUAAACUUGGACUUGACGGAAGAACAUACGUCAACGACAAAAAGUGGCCGAUGUCCACCUUCAAGGACAUUCGCGCCAAAUUAAAACAUCAAAACCUCACCAUCGACGUGGUCAAAAUGGACAUCGAAGAUUCGGAAUGGUCGACACUGCCGCAAAUGGCUUCGUCCGGUCAGCUGGCAGAUGUGAAACAGUUUCUUUUUGAGUACCACAUUAAUGAACAGUCCAGAGAUUACAUUUUACCGAAGCUCAAAGCUCUGCAGGAAGUGGAGAGAGCUGGCUUCCGGAGAUUUUACGUUCACAAAAACCCCGCUUGCAAGGUCAAUGUUAAUGGGAUACCAGUGAUACGCACUACAUGCUAUGAAGUCUACUAUCUAAGGCGAUGAUUCUAGUUCAAGACCAAAUUUUAAUGUAUAAAUGUUGAUUGACUUUAUUAACAGAUAAGUAUGUUGAUCUUUUGGCGGAAAAAAUGAUAAACUAUUAACAAUUGUAGUGCUUGUGCUUUUGUUUUGAAUAUUAAGAGCCUAUCCAUGCAUUCACACUAGACAAUCACAAAACAGUAAUUAUUUUCGGAGCUCGUUAGAAAAUAAACACAAGAAAUGAGUUAUUACCUUAUCGGUCUAGCUUUCAUAUUGGACGGGAUUUUCAUUUAUUACCGAACUUAUGUUAAGUCAUUCCUUUUGCCUAGUACAAAUCUUGUGCACGUCAUUUCGACACUUCCCAUUCUAGGAUGAAGUGGAAACUUUGCAGAAUUAUUUAUUGUUGAUGGCAACACUUGAAUCAAUUAAAACAAAAAUUAACCAAUUAGUUAAUCAAGUUGUCGUAAUCAAUUCACAUCCGAUUCUGCCUGGACUCAAGAAGAAACCAAAGCUAGUGAUUCAUAUAGAACAUUCUAGGCGUAUGAUGUGCAUCCAUUGUCUUUCGAGACAGAAGGAGCCUUACUAUGGCUGGCUUGUUCGCUUGUAGCCAGCUCGUAAUAUAUAAAUAUAGUCCCAGAUCUACUGAAGGAGCCUUACUAUGGCUGGCUUGUUCGCUUGUAGCCAGCUCGUAAUAUAUAUAGUCCCAGAUCUACUGAAGGAACCUUACUAUGGCUGGCUCGUUCGCUUGUAGCCAGCUCGUAAUAUAUAAAUAUAGUCCCAGAUCUACUGAAGGAGCCUUACUAUGGCUGGCUUGUUCGCUUGUAGCCAGCUCGUAAUAUAUAAAUAUAGUCCCAGAUCUACGGUGGUGGCUCAACCCAGGGUGGUAAUGCCUUAUCUUAUAUAAUACAGACAUACUUCAAAAAAGAAAAGGAUUACGUCCUACUCGUCAUACAUUUAGUCAUGCAUAUUAACCAAUGACCUAAAUUCUACUAAGUCACUGGUUUUCCUGGCUAGCUCAGGCAACCAAUUCCAUGCUCUAAUAGCACUAGGGAAGAAGGAGCACUUGUACAAAUUGGCCCUAGCAUAUGAAACGAGGAAUGUGCCUUACCCUCUACAAACUAAAAAAUAUACAAAAUAUAUAUUUUUUGAAACUUAUAACGAUGUAUAUCAAAUAACUAUUUAAGCAGGAAAAUUAUAUUAAAUUUACAACAGAUUCAUUUCUUUCUUUUAAAAUAUGGUAUGCUUUCAUAGCUUUCAUAUUGGACUUAUUAUCAAUAAGUGGAGUUUGAUUUACGUUUUUGACAAGUGUAGGAGUCUCCAAAAAAAAAUGUCUGCCCCGGUGCCUCCACAUAUUUAAAUCCGGCCCUGCUUAUGUCUAAGCUCGAAUGGGAUUCUUGAUUUAAAAUAAUUGAUGUAAUGUUACUCAAUAUUUGCAAGGUUUUAAAACAGGAAUUUUUUUUUGUUUGUUUCACUUGUUUCAUUUACGAUUACUUUUUUAGCGGCCCCCGUAAGGGGAAAAGCCGCUAUUAGGUUUGUGCAAAAUGUCCGUCUGUCCGUCUGUCAGACUCAGAUCUCGAAAACUAGAAGAGAUAUGAAAAGUAUUAUUUCACCAUGCGAUGCAGCUUGAAAAGUUUAGGUGCAACUGCUACUUUUGGUUUUCUAAAAGCAAACCGUUUAGUUUAUAAAAUUAAUUAUGCAAGCGAUUUUUUUCAUAAAAUUACACCAAUUCUAAAACAAUUUCGUAAAUGUAAGGGAGGCAAUGUUACAAUAUGUUAACAAAAUCAACAUAUAGUAGUUUCACUUAGUUAAAUCUUAUAUUAUAAAGUAGAAUGUGAGGCGUAUGUAUGUUACUUAUAGACAUCAAAACCGCUUGACCAAUCUUAAUAAAACUAUGUCUAGUAUAUUUAUAAAAUGUACAAGAAAUGUUCACAACAAAUGUAAAUAUUAGUUUAAGGUGUUUUAUCUUGUCAACUAGCUGCUAAAAUUAAAAGAACACAUUUUUGUUUCUUAUAAAGGCUAAGAAUGCACUUUGUAUGUAAAUAUCACGCACAUUUAUUAAAAUGGACUUUUUAUGCAGCGACUUUCGUACAGUAGCGUAACGCCGCAACAUUUUAUGGUGCUAAACUAAUUCCUUAAAAAAAUUGUAAUAAUCAGAUUUCAUAUAUAUUUUUUUAGUGCCCCCAUCAGGAUAAAAGUUGCUUAUUUUUGUGCGUUUUGUCUGUUAGUCGGUCUGUCCGUCACGUUUAUA